AUUUUAUAAAUGUGUAAGGCGUUUUUGACUAUAAUUUAGCUGUAUAGAAAAUAAAACUGGUUAUCAUAACAACUUUAGUGUAUUAUGAUUGUUUUGCGUGUCCAGCUGGCAGCUACAUAAUGACGAAUAUCAUAUGGAAGCGGUCACGAUGAGUAAUAAUCGAUAAACGUCGUCUGUUAAAAAAAAUCAAAAAAAAAAAAAAAUCAAUAGAGAUCGUAGAAUAAUAUUACGUACUACAGUCGUGUGGAAGCUAUUUUUUUUUCUUUUCGAAUUUCUGAUUUCCAUUUUUCGAUCACUUAGGUAUCAUUCACGCUUCGGACGACGUUCUAACAAAAUAAUACUACUAAUAAUAAUUAUAAUAAUACAUAAUAUUAUUAUAUACAUCUAAAUAAUCAUUGUAUUAUACACAAACGCGGCGUCCGUCAUGCAGAGCCAUACCGACUUCGACGCGGACGACACUGUCGAGUUUCCGGUUCCGGUGUCCGGCGACAGUCUUCCGGUGGAGAUCGUCGGCCGCCGGGUGCGACAGCCGCGGGACAUGUUCGACUGGGAGCGCAGCGAAGCGCGAGCUGACGUUUCGGCGUUCGUCGGCCACAUGAACGACGUGGCCAAACGGUACCCGUCGGCGGCGAUGGUCAAGCGGCGUUUGCGGCGACGGCCACACGGCCGUCACUGCAACGUGGACAGGGCGAUGGCGGUGUUGCAGGCUGUCCGCGAGUGGGCGGAGAAACGGCGCGGCGGGUCCGCCGGCCACGACCACCCGCCGACGACUACGGCCGCCGAGCGUUUCGGCCGUUUCCAUGGCCAGCUACGGGCCGAAGGACGAGCCCUGUUGGACCGGACGUACAACAGCGGUUGCCACCGGGUCGACUACCGGAGCGUCAUGCUUCCGGUGUACUUGGAACGGAGCUUCGGCGACCCGGUUGCGAUGACCUACGGGCCGGAGCACGAGCUGUCGUUUUGCGUCUUCCUGGUAGCGCUGUUCAAGUUACACCGCUUGACGUGGGCCGACGAACCUUUCAUCGUGACCGUGAUCUUCGACAGGUACUUGGACGUCGUAGACUAUGUGAUACGGUCCUAUCGGCUGGACCCGACCACGGGCGACGGGCGCGGUAACUGGUGCCUGAGCGGUUACCAGUUUGUCGGGUUCCUGUGGGGCAGUGCGCAGCUGGCGGGAACCUUCAGCGGCGACGGUGGUGACGGACCCGACGGAGGAGCAGCAGGACUGCAGCCGAUGUCGUCACCGACGACAGCGGUGACGGACGCGGACGCGUGUCGACAGCACCGGGACGAGUACGCGUUCGCCAAGUGCAUGGACGCAGCGCAUCGCCGGGCCAAAAACGGAAUGCCGCUAUGGUUUCACUCGUACCAACUGUGGAACUUGACGGGCCUGCCGCGAUGGGACCGGGUGAACGGUUGCCUGAUGGCCGCCUACCAGCGGGACGUGCUGGGUCGGUUCGAGGUCAUCCGCCAACUGGACUUUUGUGAAUUGUUCAAAUUCGCCCGAAACGUACGCCCGCCCGGCACGUCGUUUUACGACAUCGUACCGGCAGCGCCGCCAUCGGACACGACCAUGGUCCAGACGACCACGGACGUUUUGGCCGACUACGACGACGACGACGACGAUGACGAAAAAAGAAGGAUCACUGAAUACGGAGAAACGGAGGACGGAGAAACGGAUGAUGCCGUAACGGAAGACGUUGAAGAAACGGCCGAGGACGAAGGACCGAUAUACUACCACUGAUUUAUUAUUGCAUUGCCGACUAAUGCGAACGACAAAUUUUAUGAAUAUUUCUUUCGGUUUUUUAAUUUUAUCAGACACAAAUCGUCAUUCAAUCGUCAAUCCGUUUUGUUAAAUAUUAUAUAUAAAUGGCAUUAAAAUUGUUUUACUCGU